UGAGAGGUCACCAUCCGGGGUGAAGAUGGCGGCGCCCGAUGAGUUGUUUUGCUGGGAAGGAGACUGGGGUUUGCCGUCGGUCAGUACCGACUGCCUGGUGGUUCUGGCCUACGCCCAGUUUGCUGGAGCUCCUCUCAAACUUCGAAAGAUCUCCAACCCCUGGAGGAGUCCCAGCGGUUCUCUUCCUGCUCUGAGGACCAAUCAGAAAGAAACUCUGUCCCGACCCUCUGACAUCAUCAUCCACCUCAGAAAACAGAAGUUCAAUGCAGACUACGACCUGUCGGCCAAGGAAGGCGCCGACAGCCUGGCCUUCAUCUCUCUGAUGGAGGAAAAACUCAUGCCGGCUCUGAUUUACGCCUUCUGGAUCGAGCCGAAGAACUACGUGGACGUGACUCGGCGCUGGUACGCCGAGCACAUGCCGUUCCCCCUGAACUUCUUCCUGCCGGGACGAAUGCAGCGGCAGCAGCUGGAGAAACUGCGACUGCUGCGAGGAGACGAGAGGCUGGAGGCCGGAGAGGAGCUGGAGAAGGAGUUGUACCGAGAUGCUGCCGAGUGCAUGAACCUGCUGUCCCAGCGACUCGGCUCUCACAAAUUCUUCUUUGGAGACUCGCCUUCCUCUCUCGAUGCCUAUGUGUUUGGUCACUUGGCGCCCAUCCUGAAGUGCAAACUGCCCAAUGGGAAACUACAACAGCAUCUGAAGUCUCUCGACAACAUGACCAACUUCUGCACCAACAUCCUGCAGCUCUACUUCCCCAAAGACGGCCGAGAGAGCUUCAGUCAGAAGACUUCCCCCCACUCUGAAGGCGGAGACUUCGACCACGUUCCCAACAAGCGGAGGAAGCAGUUCCUGUCUGCUCUGGUGGCUCUGGGCGCCAUGCUGAGCUACGCCCUCCUGACAGGCAUGGUGUCAAUCCAGCACGCCCAUCACGAGGCGCUGGAGGAGCCGCCGGACCUGCAGGAUAUCGGCUCCCAUCACGACCACGAGGACGAAGGAGACGGCUGAGGACGACGGGCAGAGGCCGCCGUGGGACUUCAUGGACAGCAGUGAAAAUGUUCAGGAUAAGAUCCAGGUGCAGUUAGACAAAGUUUGGGUCCAUCUGACCAAACAGGAAGAGUCAGUGUGAAGUUUAUCAAAUGAAAAAUUAAUUUAUCGACACAAACGAGCCUCUGUGGACAGGAAGUGGAGUUUGGUGCUGGUGUAUGUACAGAAAUGAAUUAAAGGAAAAGUGGAGUCACAUGGUUUUCUUUAGUUUUCAUAUGUUCUAUUUUUAACAUAAUAUGAAGCAUAAGGAGAAGAAAGGUUGACAGCGUUCAUUACUGAUGCAUCUUUGUUCUGAACAUGUUUAAUUAUCACGUGACAACAACAAAAGAGAAUAAAGCUUUAAAUGCAGACAGAUGG